GGCCCGUCGCGUUCCGGGAAUGCGACGUGGAGUUCAAACGAGGACCCCUUCUUCUCGCCCACGGAUGAGGACCCGCCUUUCCGUGACUACUCGUAUCGUGCAGGCGAAAUGCGCUAUCAAGACUCGAAUCCGGUCUACUCCGCGUCACAGCCAGGACAAUCCUCUGCUUCGCUCAUUUCAUCUCAUUUCCGGGAGUCGGGGGACACUACGGACAGUACGCGCGAUGACGACGAAGCACACCUCACCUCCAACAUGUCGCGGCAAGGAGUGGGACCGGAGUGGGGAACCGGGGAGAGCGUGGAUGCGGAGAGGACUGGUGCAUCGGUGCGUGGCAAGCGGAGGACAGUCCGGUACGGCGCGUCGCCGCUCAAGAAGACGGGAACGACGCUGAAGACUUUCUCUGGCAACUUGCGGCGCGCGUCGUUACGCGUCGUCAACUUCGGAGGGCUCGGCCUGGAUGAGCACGUGCGAUUGCAUGACGCACACGAACGCGACGAGAACCGGGACGAGGAUGACGAUGAGAUACCCGACGAGGAUGAGGCGCUGCCUGACUUGACGAAGACGCUGCCCAUACGAGGGCGCACACUGGGAUGCCUAGGUCCCCACAGCAAACUACGCCUCGCAUUGUAUAAGUUCCUCACAUAUCCAUGGACUGAACCGAUCAUAUUGCUCCUAAUUAUCAUUAACGGACUUGUUCUCGCGAUCCAGGCAUCUCGCCCCCAUGCUCUGCCAGAAGACUGGCCGGACGAUAGCCCACCUCCUCCCAUGAAGGGUUACUUCCAUGCCUGGGAAGACUAUGUGCUAUUCGUACUGUUCUGCUUAUUCACUCUGGAAGCCUUUGCGCGAAUAUGUGUAUCUGGACUCUUACUAGACCCGGAAGUUCCUGUCUCCACACUCUUUCAGUCACCCUUCGCGACAUACCCGAACAUGGCGCGCCCGCCGAACACAGCUGUCGAAGCCAGCUUCAAUAUCGCUCGAACCCCUUCCGUCACUAGCACCCACGGUCCAUCCCAGCUUCACCGAGGACUCUCUAUGACGCAACGCUUGAAGCAAUUUCGCAAAAACCUUGCUCGCCCGUUCACCCUUGCGCAUCAUUCCUUAUCGGCAUCACAACCCUCAGCUGGGAGCAACAAUACACCUUCGCGACCGCGUUCUGAUACUACCCAGUCGAAGUCUCCAAUGGCGGAGAAAGCUCUGUCAGGAGCGCAACACUUGCAUGCUCAUAUGCGGAAUCCAUCCGAACCAACAUUCCUUUCCAAAGCACUGCGCUCCGACAACUCCGAAAAUACGCUGUCAUUACCAUUCCGCCUCAGUGUGGAGGACUCGAGGGGGCAAACUCAUCGCAACCUGCCUUACCUCCGACAUAGCUGGACUAGGAUUGACUUUGUCGCUAUCUUGAGCUUCUGGAUAACAGUGGUUUUGGCAUCUUCUGGCGUAGAACGAAAUCAGUACCACAUUGGCUUAUUCCGCGCUAUGAGUGUCCUGCGGACGGCUCGAUUGCUGGCCAUCACUUCCGGUACAACUACGAUCAUGCGAUCUCUGAAGACUGCCCGGCCGCUUCUCGCCAGCGUUUCUUACUUCGUGCUGUUCGCAAUGAUUCUCUUCUCCAUUGUCGGCAUUCAAUCGUUCAAGGGCUCCUUUCGUCGGACAUGCCAUCUGCUCCCUACCCUGGGCGAAGAUGACAUCGCGCUCGACCAGAAUUGUGGCGGGUACAUCAAUUCGACAACGCUGCAAACAAUGGGCUACAUCAAUGCGGACGGGCAGAAUGCUUCACCCAAAGGAUUCAUCUGCCCACUCGGACAAAUUUGCGUGGAGAACGCAGACAAUCCAAAUUCGGACCUUGAGAGCUUUGACAUGAUCUACUUCGCUGCUCUCCAGGUCGUAAUCGUCUCCUCAGCAAACGGGUGGUCUGGCCUUAUGUAUCAGAUGAUGGACGCCGAGUUCUUCGUGUCCUGUUUCUUCUACAUCGUCUGCAUCAUCGUCCUGAACUUCUGGCUCAUCAACCUGUUCGUUGCGGUGAUCACCAAUACGUUCUCAGCUAUCCGGUCGGACACAAAGAAGAGUGCAUUCGGAGCGGCACCCCUUGCCGCCGUGGUCGAAGAGAACGAAGAGGGCUGGUCGAUGGUCGAUGGCAGACGCGUUGCUGGCAGGAACCGUAUCCGGGAGGUCUACGAGAGUAUCCGCUGGUGCUGGGUCUUCUUCGCUCUAGCAUCGCUUGUUCUGCAGGCGACGCGCACUGUUGACAUCUCGGACAUGCAUGCGGAGAUCUUGGACAAGGGUGAGCUUGCGCUCACGCUCACUUUUGACGUCGAGAUUAUCAUCCGGGUGCUCGCCUACUUGCCUGACUGGCGGAAGUUCUUCUACCGGGGGCAGAACGUCCUCGACUUGCUGCUCGCGAUCGGGUCAAGCAUCAUCCAAAUUCCGGCUAUACACCGCUCGCCGCUCUACCCUUGGCUGACGAUCUUCCAACUUAUGCGGUUCUACCGCGUGAUCCUGGAGAUUCCUAGGAUGAAGCCCCUACUGCUCGCGGUCUUCGGGAACAUGUACGGUCUGGCCAACAUGUCUCUGUUCCUCAUCGAGAUCAACUUGCUCGCCGCGCUCUUCGCGGUCCAGCUAGUCGGAGGGGAUGUCAAAUCUGGGGAGCUUAUCGACUUCGGGACGUUAUACAACACCUUCCUCGGCAUCUAUCAGGUGUUCUCGUCCGAGAACUGGACAGAUGUACUCUACAAGGCUGCGGAACCCGAAGUUCCCCUUCGACAGUCCGUCAUAGUUGUGCUCUUCGUGGCUGGAUGGAUGUUCUUCGCAAACUACAUCGUGCUGCAAAUGUUCAUCGCCGUCAUCAACGAGAACUUCGAUGUCGCUGAGGAGUCGAAGCGCAGUAGGCAAGCCUCGCACUAUUGGGCCUCGCAUCGUCCACAGCAAGUGCGCUCUACUUGGGUUCGCAAGCUGAACCCCUACCGGUGGUUCAAGGCGCAGCCGAAGGCCAUCGAGGUGGAGCUGCCGUCGAACUUGGUGCUGCCAAUGCAGAAGGCGCUCGUGCAAGACUACGGCCUCCCGAAACGAGAGAACUCCUUCGUUGACACAAAGACCCGGCGCGGCGGUGCGCAAAAGCAGUACUCGGCGAAGUCUACCCUAAGACGACUACAGCGUCUCUUCGCGGGCGAGAUUACUGCUGGAGACAUGCCACUCACUACUCUCCGUAACACUCGUCGGGACUCGGUUGCGACUGCGGAUCCUGUAGAUGAAGAAACCGAGAGGCAUCUGGAGGUACUGGCAGCCUUGAACAACGACGCAGUCGACGUGGAAGAGCUCAACGAUGCUCUAUACGAGCGCCGGGCGCAGAAGGCCGAUUUCAUCCGUGACCACCCUAGCUACGACAAGACGUUCUGGGUCUUCUCGCAGAAGAACUGGCUCCGCAAGGCGUGCCAGAAGCUCGUUGCUCCGCCAGGAGGAGAUCGUAUCUUCGGAACGCCUCACUCGGCAAUCGCUCACCCCAUCUUCCAACUCCUGCUCCUCCUGACCGUCAUUGGAGGAAUUGUGGUGGAGAGCAUCGCGACUCCCAUAUACCGCCGCGACUUCUACGCCGAGAAUGGCCCGAUCCGUGGAACCUGGUUUGAUCUCGCUGAGGGGUCGUUUGCCCUUGUCCUUGCUCUCGAAUUCGUCAUCAAGAUCAUCGCGGACGGUUUCCUGUUCACCCCGAACGCAUACAUUCGUAGCAUCUGGAACGUUCUCGACUUUUUCAUCCUCGUGGGUAUCCUCGUCAACGCUGCCACGGGCCUCAUCUUCAUCGGGGGUCUCAGCCGCCUCACACGCUCUUUGAAGGCUCUUCGCGCCCUGCGGCUUAUCACGCUCAUUGAGAAGAUGCGGUCCACCUUCGAAUCGUUGAUUAUUUCUGGCAUCGCCCGUAUCCUCGACGCUGCGCUCCUCGCGAUCCUGUACAUGAUCCCCUACGCCGUCUGGGGUCUCAACAUCUUCGCGGGCGUCACGAACGAGUGCAACGACUCCUCGGCGUCUGGCAUCAGCGACUGUAUCAACGAGUACUCGACAGGCUUCGUCAACGAUGGGAACUCGUUCACCUACCUCGUUCCACGAGUGUGGGACAACCCCGCGCCUUCGACUACAUUCUCGUUUGACAGCUUCCGACAGUCUCUCCUCAUUCUGUUCGAGAUCGUCUCGCUCGAGGGCUGGGUGGAUGUGCUAGGUGUUGCGACGAGUGUCACUGGUGAAGGGCAACAACCGCAGACCAACGCGUCCGUCGGCAACUCGAUCUUCUUCCUCAUCUACAACUUGCUGGGCGGCGUUGUCAUCUUCACGCUCUUUGUCAGUAUCAUCAUCGGCAAUUUCACGUCGAAGACCGGCUCUGCCCUGCUUACGCAGGCCCAACGAGAGUGGAUCGACUUGCAGAAACUCGUCAAGAGGCAGCGUCCUUCCAAACGUCCAAAGAAGAGACCCACAUGGGCCGUCAGGCAGUGGUGCUACGAUCGUGCUGUCCACAAGCAUGGUUGGUGGCAUCGGAUGAUGACUGUGUUGUACACCUUGCACGUCGUCGCUCUUAUGACGCAGACGUUCACACCGCAGGACAUCUUGGACGAAGCGCGCAACGACUUCUUCCUCUUCGUCACGGUCAUGUAUGUCGUGGACAUCCUCGUCAGGAUGUUGGGCCUCGGGUGGAGGAGCUACAGCGCAAACGGCUGGAACAUCUUCGACAUCAUCGUUGCUGGCGGCAGUCUCGUCGCCACUCUGAUCGUACGCUUCAACACGGGAGGCUUCGUCAUCCAGCAGCUGCAGAAGCUCUUCAUAACCAGCAUUGCGUUCAAGCUCGUGCAGCGCGUGAACAGUCUCAACAAGCUGUUUAAGACCGCCGUGGGGAGUCUUCCGGUCAUUCUCAGUCUGCUCGGGCUUUGGGUUAUCCUGUUCCUGUUCUUCGCGAUCCUCUUCGUGGAGGUCUUCAGUCUGACCAAAUGGAACACGGGCGAAGCACGGAACUCUAACUACUCCAGCAUGGCCAAAGCUUUGGUCAUGUUAGCCUUCAUGACAACAGGAGAGGGCUGGAAUCAGUAUAUGCACGACUUCGCUCUGGACUACCCUCGCUGCACGGUUAAUCUCAACGGGGAGACCGACUGCGGCAGCAUCUAUUGGUCUUUCACUCUCUUCAUCGCGUGGAACUUGCUGAGCAUGUACAUCUUUGCCAACUUGUUCACCGGUGUGGUCGUCGAGAGUUUCUACUACGUAUUCCAGAUGUCCAGCGGGGCCAAAUCGAUCACUCGAGAAGAGAUGCGCGCGUUCAAGAAGGUGUGGGCCGAGUUCGCGAACCCGAAGACCGGUUAUCUGGAGCGUGCCAACUUCGUGCGAUUCUUUGGGAAAUUGAGCGGCAUCUUCGAAGUCCGGAUCUACCCCGCAGAGUACAGCAUCCGCAGAAUCAUGGCCUACUCCAAGGAUUCGCAGGGUGUCGACUCGUGGCACGAGAAGAUCGUCGGCGGCUAUGAUUUCAACAAGGUAGACGGAAUCCUCAGCGGCGUCGACCGUGCUGCUAUCAAGCGGAGGAAGAACUUGUACAACCGGCUCUACCAUGAGGCACGCAUCUCGCACGAACCCGGCAAGGGCAUCUCCUUCACCAACAUGCUGCUGCUUUUGGCGCAUCACAAGCUGAUUGUCGACCGAGAGGCUCUCGUCCUCAAGGAUCUUGUCGUACGGACCGAAACGAACAAGCUCGUCACGGAUCUAGUGGACUUCGACCGCGUGCAGUCCCUGCUACUCAUGAUCCUGUACCGCCGGCGGUAUCUCGCGCAGAGAGAGCAGGCUCGCAUGGAGCAUUACGGCCUGGUCCAAUCAGACAUUCCUGCCAUCGUCGUCGACGAUUUCCCCGCUACCCCGCCAAUGAUCACUCGUGACAUUACAUCGCCUGGUCAAACGCCCAUUCAUCGCUUCGGCGGGGCGGAGACGCCUACGAUCUCCCCGGGCGCAUUUCAAUCUCCGGAGUUGUCGUUCUCGGCGGACAUGCUGUCGUUCGAGCCAGACACGCCGUCGCGACGCACGCUGCAGCGGCGGCAGAGGACGAGCGACGUCACCAUGUUGUCCAUAGACAUGGGCAGCAGGCUGGACGCAUCGAUGUCGAGAGAGUCCCGUUCCGAGGACGAAGACGACAUGGACACGAUGCAAAAUUCUAUGUGGAGUGACAUGAUGCUAGAAGCCGCGGAGGAGGACAAGGAGUAGAACUUUUUAUACGCUCACCGUCAGACGUUCAUUGCACAUACCGGACUUUUCAGGGACUCUAAGGGUAUUGCAUAUUGUAGAGCUAUUGCAUGAUAUCAGUAGUGUAGACCAACUUUGCACCUAAUUU